UGUAAGUGAAUGAUGCCCUUACACUCGCGGUGCGGCUUUGGCAUUUCCUGCUGUGUAGAUGACGAUGUUCUACUUUCUGAAUACUAUAUAAAUGUUCCUUAAAAAAACAUAACCUUAGGUUAGCAAGGUAACUAAUGAAAAUCACCUCAGGAGAGGUCAAUGAAAGUGAAUCUGUGAACGACAGAGUUAGCAUGUCCAGUACUGUGGAUUACAUCGAGAGCGAAGACGACGAGUCAAACGGACGACGCGCUUCUUUACGCGCUGCGACCCUUGAUAAACUGGUCCAGUUUUGUAUAGAUGAAUUCGAUGAAAAUGGACCCAUUAAUAAGGAACCUGUUUUAUCGACUGCCUUGUUUACUGCACACCAAUGGUUCUUAGAAUCGGAUAAAUUGUUGGAGGCGUUUAUGGACGCAUAUGUUCAGAGCAAAACAAAUGAAUGCUCAGAUCCAAGUAAAGAACGACUACAGCAGUCUAGGAGAUUUGCCAUAUGCCAAGCCAUCAAUUACUGGAUGUCAAAUCAUGAAAAUGAUUUUAGAAAAAAUGAAAAGCUUGCUUUUGUUCACAAAGAGAUGGAAGAACUGGUUUAUGCAGAAGGAGAUAGCUCAUUGAGAGACAUUAUUGAUUUUUCAAAUAUGGAGCUCAUUGAAGUCAAUCAACGUGCAUUAAGUGUCAGCACCAACCACAGAUCAUCAAGUGGUCGUAAAGUGUCUCUUGCAUUCCCUGAUCAAUCCCCAGAAGAAAUUGCUGAACAGCUCACUUAUCUGGACUUUAAAAUGCUGAGGAGAAUACCUUUUUCAGAAUGGAAGGGGUAUGCUCAAAAGUCAAAAAUGAAUGAGUGUCCUUUACUUGAGAGGUAUGUGUCAAUGCUUAAUGGUUUGUCCAAGUGGAUUCAGGCGAUGGUGCUCAAUCACAGGACUCCAGAGGAAAGAGCACAUUGCAUAGAAAAAUUUCAAAAAGUUGCUAAGCAUCUCAAAGAACUUCAAAAUUUCAAUGGCUUGCUAGCUGUUUCUGGGGGACUAACCAAUUCUGUCCUAUCAAGACUACAGCAAACAAAAGCUUGUAUUUCCCAGGAUUGCAGAGAGUACAUGACCCUUCUUGUAGAGUUUAUGUCAUCUGAGAACAACUACUCCACCUACAGGAAAAGAGUUUCCUGUUGCAAUGGAUUUUAUAUUCCAGUACUAGGCAUUCAGCUCAAGGACCUUAUUGCCACUAACACAGCUCUCCCAGACAUGGUAAAUGGCAAUCUCAUCAAUGUACACAAGCUUAUCACUCUUGCUGGGAUUAUGUCCAAGUUUCUGGUUGUACAAAAGAUAUCACCUCCUGUUACACCGAACAUGGAACUGCUGAAUAUGCUUCGGGUGUCAUUACAGCCGCGAUUAUCAGAUGACGAGUUGUACGAAUUAUCGUUAGCAAGAGAACCUCGGAACGCAAACAACACGUCCACAAGUUCAUUAUGUCCAAACGAAUCGUUAAAGGACCCAGACAGCAUUAUAGAGUUUGGUGACUGGGCGUCGAGUUCUCAUGGAGCACCGGAUUUUAAAGUACUAGAAAGACACGUGGCUGCCAUGGUCGAGGCGGUCUUUGGAGUGUACGACAUAGACAAAGAUGGAACGAUAAGCGGCAAAGAGUUCGAUGCAAUCGCCACUAAUUUCCCCUUCAUUGAUACGUUUGGGGUGAUCGAUGUCAAUAGUGAUGGUGUAAUUUCUAAAGAGGAAAUGAAAAAUUACUUUCUGAAGGUCAAUUGUCAGAAUUUAACCAAAGAGUUUUCGCACACUUUCCAAGAAACUACUUAUUUUACUCCCACCUUCUGCUAUCAUUGUGGCGGCUUGUUACGAGGAAUUAUUAAACAAGGAUACAAGUGCAAAGGCUGCAACGUCAAUUGUCAUAAAAGCUGCAAGAAACAAAUAGUGAUCGAAUGCCGAACCAAGUCUCCAAUGUUACAUAUGGCUAGCAAAGGUGACACACUUCGAAGGAUAAAAAACAGAAUGAAGUUUAUCAAGCAGCCUUCAGUGGAGAGCCUUAAGUUGCAGAACGGAGAGAGUGUCAGCGUACCGGCAGACUUUUAUGAAAGGCUGCUAAAGGCGGAGGAGUCCCGAGACUCCCUGCUCGUAGAGAACGCGAACCUGUCGAACCAGCUGGACGAAGCUGACAAGAAAAUCAGUAUCCUGCAAGAGCACUUGGACGUAUUACGCCAACAAACUGUUACUUUUAUACUGGAACAAAUGGAUGCCUUACAGAUGCAGAAGGUCACGGCUGUUUAAUGGUACCUGACUGAUUUGAGGCCUCGUGUCUGUGGGAUGCUAAGAAAGACAAGGCCCAUAACAUGCAGUCGUACUCACAAAUGCUUGGGAGAACUUUGGUAAUGUGGAGAAAUUGGUUACCCUAAGUCAUGCCCCCACCCCUAGUAAAACUCAAGAAGAAUAAAUUGGGCAUACAAAAGACACCUAAGAAAUCACCCCCCCCCCCCCGAUUUAUUCAUUUUUAUCUAUGUCAAACUGGUUUUGGCAUUGGUAAAGUGUCAUUUUUUAUCCAUAUAUUUUUCAAAACUUCUUUUAGUAGUUACAUAACGUCUUCGUACUUUCUUCUGAAACCCCAUCGCAAAAAGAAGCAAAUACGUCGUUAUUGAGCAGUAGUACAAGUUAUUAGUGCUGGUCACAAUUGUUCAUUCAUAAUCAUGAUUAAAAUGGCUCUUUUUUGGUUUUGAAAGGCAGCAGCAACUGCAUGAACGAAAGCCAAGGUACUUAAGGUAUACAGUGCUGAUGUGGUUUUAAUCAGGUUUGCUCCUAGUCUUAUAUCUGUAUGAGUACAGUCAAGACCGAUAACUGAAAAUAGAAUCGCUACAAAGUUAAGCAAUCGGUUCGACAACAUCAAUUAAAGCAGAAUGCGAAUGCAAUAGAUCCUGCAACACCAAAAAAAAACAACAUUUUUUGCUCAGUUAAUUGUUAGUUAUAUGAUUAUCAUCAAUCAAUCAUUAUAAUAAUCAUGCUCGCCAGUAAAAUCGCACUAUAAAUAUCUAUAAUUUUUCUUACAUUGGAUGAAAACGUUUUUCCUACGUUUAUGUAUCUAUCUUAGUGUAAAUUCUACAUUCGCAUGCAAAUGUAUUUAAAGAUAAUAGAAUAAUUUUUUUCAUGUUCGUUUAAAUUCUAAUUUCGCUUCGACAGCUAUAAAACACGGGUUCCAUGUCAAAACGACCUCCAAAAACAAAAACAAAAACAACAACAAAACAACAACCUAAAAGCUAGCCAUAAUAUGAUAAUUAUAAUAUAGUAGUAGAGCAGAUAUGUGCUUGUAUUGUACAUUUUCUGUUAAAAGCACCAAAUUUUCAACGCCGUUGCACAGAAGCUUGGAACCAUUGUUUAUUUGUCGCCGAAAUGAAUUUGACGGAUACGUGUUUAUCCCCAAAAUAAUAGCUUAGUUUGUAUAUAUCGCACAUUGCAGGGAUUGCAGAAAUUUUACAUUUCAUAUCUUUUAGCUUGGGAAGGAAUGCGCGACUUAUUUUAAUUUUUUUUACUAAAUACAGAAUUAUUUUUGCUUAAAAGUGUACAGUUUGUUUAAUGUAUUAUGUAAUUAUCGAUGUCAAUAUAAUAUAUAUUGAUGUUUAUUUAGUGAAAUGUAAACUGUCAAACAGUUCGAUUUAAUAAAAGGACGAAAAACAAAUCA